AACGAAUCCGACCCCGUGUUACGAUCCAAAAAGGUUCGUAUUUAAAUCCACCGGCUCUCGUCGCUUCCAUGAAUUCAUGGGAGAGAAAAUGAGCCGAAGCACUCUUGAUCUUGGUAAUGGGAGCGAGGUUAUCUACUUCGAGAAAUUUCUGCCGCCCCACCAAUCAUGGGACUGGUUGAAGUAUCUGGACGAGGGAAUUCCUUGGACGCGUCCGACCAUUCGAGUCUACGGCCGCUCUCUUACGCAGCCCAGAGAUACAUGUUAUGUUGCGAGUGAAGGACUGCCAGAACUGAAGUACAGCGGUUACCAACCUGUUGUGCAUCUAUGGGAUGAGUUUCCCCCAUUGAAGGAUAUAUUGAAAGCGGUCCAUGAAGCUCUACCGGGAAGUAGGUUUAAUAGCUUGCUGUUGAACAGAUACAAAGAUGGAUCUGACUAUGUGGCCUGGCACUCAGAUGAUGAGAAAUUGUAUGGGCCAACUCCAGAGAUCGCCUCUGUUUCAUUUGGCCGUGAACGUGAGUUUCUGCUAAAGAAGAGACCAACUAGAUCAUCUAAAGAAUCACCAAGAGGAAGGUCAAAAGAUAAGCAUUCCUUCAUGCUUAAGCAUGGCUCCUUGUUGGUGAUGAAAGGAUACACGCAGCGGGAUUGGUUGCAUUCGGUGCCUAAGCGUGCCAGUGCAUUGGGAGUGCGAAUCAACCUCACGUUUAGGCACGUUCAGAGCUCGGGUUGCUAAUAACUUCUACCGGGGAAAGAAAAAACUCGCUACCUAUCUUCAGAGUAAUAUCUUCAACUAUAACUUUGCCGUAUGUUUUUCUAUGGUCCUGAAAUAUAUCCCUCUCUCUCUGUCUCUCUCAUGCCAAGUUCUGUGAUCCAUAACGCAUAGAGAGCAUGCCAAUCAGGCUGCUCGCGUUGGAGGAUCAAUGUAUGUGAUUCGACAAUUUCGAAAUUCAGAAUUGAUCUGGAAAGAAGAACACUGAAAGGUCGGUGUAUGUGAUUUAAUAUAUCCCUCUCUCUCUCUCUC